AAAGGAACCAUCAGUGACAAGUACUGUGGUUCAUCUUAUUCAUUCAGUCCAGCCAAAAAAUCAUUUCACAUCCAAGUAUUAAAAAGUAAGAGUGGCUGCUCAUUAAACAGCAAAAAACCAAAACAGAUGCUUCAGCGUCUGCUUGAAACCAGACUGCAACUGCGAUUUACAGCUGAGAUGACCCUUCAAAGGAGACAGCCACAGUGGAAGCCUGCUGUGUUUCUGUGUUGCUUUUUGCUCGGGAUCUCUCUACAGUCCGACAACAUCAGUUGUGUGUCAACCAUCAACCUGCGGCGUUUCAUUGGCUGCGCAGUCCGGGAGUUCACCUUCCUGGCCAGGAAGCCCGGCUGUGGGAGUCUGCACAUCACCACCGAUGCCUGCUGGGGGCGCUGUGAGACCUGGGAGAAGCCAAUCCUGGAGCCUCCGUUCAUCGAGUCCUAUCAGCGGGUUUGUACUUACAAUGAGACUCGGCUGGAGACUGUGAAACUACCAAACUGUCAGCCCAAUGUAGAUCCAACAUACACCUACCCUGUGGCCUUAAGAUGUGAUUGUGGAGUCUGUCUGACCAGCACUACUGAAUGCAUAACCUCUGUGUGAAGUCUGAACAGGCAGAAAUACUUCUAUGUACACUUUUGGUAACAAUUACACACAAUACUGCUUUAACUGGAACGUGUCACUACGCCAGGAAAUGUUAUUUGCUUUUCUCCUGACUCAGUUUAUUCUCACACCAAACAUAGACUUGAACUGAAUCUGCUGAGUAUUACAGCUAGUAGCAGAUGGAUUCACUGCAUACAUUUUGCUGACUUAUAAUGUCUAUUUUUUAUUAUAUAAAAUAGAAUGCUCUUAGUUUGGCUACUAUAUAUCUAAAAAAAACAAAAACAAAACUGAGAUAUAUCACUACUGAAAUAUGUUACCAACUUCACUUGGCAUUUUUUCUUAUAAGCAAAGCAAUUACUGUAAAGCGUACAAUGCUGUAAUUGACAUAAUUAAACAUUUUUUUAAUCUGUCUUUAAUGGAUGAAUAAUGAAGUGAUCACUUAUUAGCUUUUAAUCAACAGACCUGAGCUUUUAGCCCAAGGGUCUGCUGGAGAGGUAAGGGCUUACUAAGUGUUCUUAUUCAUUUGAUUUUCCAUGAAAACUGGGUGUAUUAAUCAUCUCUGAGUGCUCUCGUGUGUUUUGGAGUGCAGGACUGAGUUUGACCAUUGCUCUUUCCACAAUAAAAGCAC